CGGCCCACCCCGUCCCCAGCCGCCAGCGCCGCAGCGCCCGAGUCUCCGCCGUCGGUGCGAGCCAGGACCCGAGCCCCCUCGGUGCACUGCCGCCCGCUAUGGCCGCCGCGGCCGCCCCCCGCAGCCUCCUUGUUCUCCUGCAGGUGCUGGGUCUCGCCCUAGCUCAGAUCGGUGACAAGGGGCCUCCUGGGAAAGCUGGCCCUCCGGGACCCAAGGGAGAGCCUGGCAAAGCCGGGCCAGACGGAGCGGACGGGAAGCCAGGGAUUGAUGGUUUGACUGGAGCCAAGGGGGAGCCCGGGCCCAUGGGAGCCCCUGGAGUCAAGGGCCAACCUGGGCUCCCCGGCCCUCCGGGCCUGCCGGGCCCUGGUUUCGCUGGACCACCUGGACCGCCUGGACCUGUCGGCCUCCCUGGAGAGAUCGGAAUCCCAGGCCCCAAGGGGGAUCCUGGACCAGAGGGACCCUCAGGGCCCCCAGGACCUCCUGGGAAACCGGGCCGCCCGGGGACCAUCCAGGGCCUGGAGGGCAGCGCAGACUUCCUGUGUCCAACCAACUGUCCUGCGGGAGCGAAAGGGCCCCCUGGGCUACAGGGCGUGAAGGGGCACCCGGGCAAAAGUGGGCUUCUUGGUGAUCCUGGCCGCCAGGGGAAGCCGGGCCCCAAGGGAAAUGUGGGAGCUUCUGGAGAGCCAGGCAUCCCCGGACCCCCGGGUCCGCAGGGCAUCAGAGGCUACCCAGGCAUGGCGGGACCCAAGGGAGAGAUGGGUCCUCAAGGGUACAAAGGCAUGGUGGGCUCCAUCGGCGCUGCAGGGCCACCGGGUGAAGAAGGCCCACGGGGGCCACCAGGCCGAGCUGGGGAGAAGGGAGAUGUGGGCAGCCCAGGUGUUCAAGGACCCCAGGGGAUCACAGGCCCGAAGGGAGCAGCCGGCCCCCCAGGCAUCAACGGCAAGGAUGGAACCCCAGGCAUACCUGGCAUGAAGGGCAGUGCAGGAAAGGCGGGGCGGCCAGGGAGCCCAGGCCACCAGGGCCUCGCAGGUGUUCCAGGCCAGCCCGGGACAAAAGGAGGUCCUGGAGACAAGGGUGAGCCAGGCCAGCAGGGCCUCCCUGGAUUCUCUGGUCCCCCUGGGAAGGAGGGAGAGCCGGGACCUCGAGGGGAAAUUGGUCCCCGUGGCAUCCUGGGGCAGAAGGGUGACCAGGGUGAGAGGGGCCCCGUGGGGCAGCCAGGCCCUCAAGGACGCCAGGGCCCCAAAGGGGAGCAAGGAUCGCCGGGAAUUCCAGGGCCCCAAGGCUUGCCGGGCAUUAAGGGUGAAAAGGGCUCCCCAGGGAAGACCGGGCCCCGCGGCGGAGUGGGCGACCCUGGCGUGGCAGGCCUCCGCGGAGAGAAAGGCGAGAAGGGCGAGUCUGGAGAGCCGGGACCUAAGGGACAGCCAGGAGUCCGCGGAGAACCCGGCUACCCCGGCCCCAGCGGGGAUGCGGGCGCCCCCGGCGAGCAGGGCUACCCCGGGCUCCCCGGACCUCGAGGGAUGGCCGGAGACCGCGGCUUACCAGGACAGCCCGGGAGACAGGGCGUGGCGGGCCGCGACCCCAGUGACCAGCACAUCGUGGACGUGGUGAUGAAGAUGAUGCAAGAGCAACUGGCAGAGGUAGCUGUGAGUGCCAAGCGUGAAGCCCUGGGUGCUGUGGGCAUAAUGGGCCCACCAGGACCCCCGGGGCCCCCUGGGUACCCAGGCAAACAGGGACCCCACGGACACCCUGGCCCUCGGGGCAUUCCUGGCAUCGUGGGAGCCGUGGGUCAGAUUGGCAACACUGGGCCCAAGGGCAAACGAGGAGAGAAGGGCGAUCAAGGAGAAGUGGGACGUGGACAUCCCGGUAUGCCCGGGCCCCCCGGGAUCCCAGGACUCCCUGGCCGCCCUGGCCAGGCCAUCAACGGCAAAGAUGGAGACCGAGGGUCCCCGGGGGCUCCAGGAGAGGCUGGCCGGCCUGGCCUGCCGGGGCCCGUGGGGCUGCCGGGCUUCUGUGAGCCGGCGGCCUGCCUUGGAGCCUCGGCCUACACGUCUGCCCGCCUUGUAGAGCCCGGAUCCAUCAAGGGGCCGUGAGCACGAGGCCAGGACAGAGCCUUCUAAGGGGGAGUGAGGAGGUGCCCUCCGGGUGGACGUGCACCCCAGCCCGCGGCCCAGGAACCUCACUUCCCGGGGACCUUCUGAGUGGGACCCAGGAGUCUUGAAGAAGUGGAAUAUUCUAGAACAUGGGGGGAAGGGAAGGCAUCGGAGUGCACAGAUGAGGCCCAUGGUCAGGGCCAGUGUUGCUGGCGAGUAGAGCUCCCAAGGCAAGUGGUGGGGGGGGCUCUCCUCCCAGAGCCACGCUCCUCCGCUGUUAGCAGAACAAACAUCCCCCAGCCCUGCCCCGAGCUCUGCCAGCCAGCCAGCCAGCCAUUGCAUCCGGGAGCAGGUGGACGGAGCCUCUGCUGCGCCCUGAUCCCGCUGUCACUCUCCGAACAUACUGGGUGACUGCUGGUGAGCGACGGCCCUGAGGGGGCCUUCCUGAGCCAGCGCAUGGGUUCCUUCCUGGCACCCAACUGAGUAUUUAAGCACCCGGCGCCCUUCUCUCUGGCGUUGCCCCCCCCCCCCCCCCCCCGCGAAUUCACUCAGGCUUUUCUGUAAAUAAAAGCCCCCAGCUUGGGCACAAACCAGGA